UUGAAUUACCAUUAAGGGAAGCAUCUAAGUGUAAGAGACCGCCCCAGUAUCCGCUGCUGCAUCCAACUCGCUUUCACACUUGGGUUCAUUCACACACACUUUUCCCACCGGGAUGGAGCCGCUUCAGCCUGCGCGCAGAGCCAACGGGGAACACACACGCUUUCACGCGGCACACAUGGCUGCGAAUUUACGGCGAAUAUUUUUUGCCUUCAUCUGGAUAAUAACCCUAGUUUCAAGUUCCAGGACGAGGAUUUAUCCACCCAACGAAGUGACCCUGCUGGAUACCAGGACAGUGCCAGGAGAGCUGAAAUGGGCAGCCAGUCCUUCAGAGGGAGGGGUGACCUGCUCUGUCGGUUUUUACAAGGCCAAGUCUUCAGAUCUAGGAUGCUCUAAAUGUCCUCCACAUAGCCACUCAGUCAGAGACGGGGCAACUGUCUGUGACUGCCACUCUGGAUUCUUCCGUGCUGACAGCGACCCUCCCUCAAUGGCUUGUACCCAGCCACCGUCAGCCCCACAGCAGCUAAUUUCUGUGGUGAAUGAGACCUCGGUGGUCUUGGAGUGGGCACCCCCUCGCCGGCUCGGAGGACGAAGUGACACCAGCUACAGCCUGGAGUGUCUCAUCUGUCAGACAGGGAGCCACAGUCAGACUGGCGGCAAAUCCCUGCCCAGGAAUCGCAGCAUCUCCCAGCCUGAGGCUCAGCACAGUGGGCUGGGGAUGCAGUCGGACCAGGGGAUUGUGGGAUCUGAAGUCCAGUCAGGGAGAGGUGUCUUCCAGAGCAGGCCGGUACCUGGAGAUUACCCGAGACUUGGCUCAGGUUCCGGCUCUCAGCUCUGCCUGCCCUGUGGCUCCGACGUGCUCUUCUCUCCUGGCCAGACCGGCCUGAAGACCACCAGGGUGGUGGUGAGCGAGCUCAGGGCUCACACACACUACACCUUCAUCGUCCACGCGCACAACGGGGUCUCCCAGGCCAGUGGUGCAGGGGCAGCUCAGAGUGUGUCUGUCACCCUCACCACCAACCAAGCUGCUCCCUCUCCGGUGUCGUUCAUACAAGCCACCGAUGUCACCAGGCACAGUCUGUCGUUGGCGUGGCAACAGCCGGAUCGACCCAACGGGGUCAUCCUGGAAUACGAGGUCAAGUUCUAUGAAAAGGAUCAGAGAGAGAGGUCUUACCGCAUAAUGAGGACCUUCUCUCGUAGCGUCGAUGUCACGGGUCUCAACCCCCUCACUGUGUAUGUGUUUCAUGUGCGUGCUCGCACAGCGGCUGGUUAUGGAGAGUUCAGCGCCCCGUUUGAAUUCUCCACCAAUUCAGAUCCCUUCCCUCUGAUUGGAGAAGGAGUAAACUCAGCCUUCCUGCUGCUGUCUGUCAGUGGGGUUGGAAUUUUAAUGCUGAUAUCUGCAGCUGUCUUCAUCAUUAGCCGCAGGAGGAGCAAGUACAGUAAAGCAAAGCAGGACUCAGAGGAGGAGAAACAUCUUAACCCAGGAGUCAAAAUCUACGUGGACCCGUUCACCUACGAAGACCCCGAUCAGGCCAUCCACGAGUUUGCCAAGGAGAUUGAUGUUAGCAGUAUUCACAUUGAGAGGGUUAUUGGCAUGGGAGAGUUUGGGGAGGUGUGCAGUGGUCGGCUGCGUGUUCAGGGAAAGAGGGAGAUCUACGUGGCCAUCAAGAGUCUGAAGGCGGGGUACUCUGACAAACAGAGGAGGGACUUCCUGUCUGAGGCCUCCAUCAUGGGACAGUUCGACCAUCCGAACAUCAUCAGGCUGGAGGGCGUCGUCACAAGAUGUAAGCCGUUGAUGAUCAUCACAGAAUACAUGGAAAAUGGAUCCCUGGAUGCUUUUCUUCGGGUACAUGACGGCCAGUUCACAGUGAUCCAGCUGGUUGGCAUGCUGCGUGGCAUCGCCUCAGGUAUGAAGUACCUGUCAGACAUGAGCUACGUUCACAGAGACCUGGCAGCACGAAAUAUCCUGGUCAACAGCAACCUGGUGUGUAAGGUGUCUGACUUUGGCCUGAGUCGGGUUCUGGAGGACGACCCAGAGGCUGCCUACACUACAAGGGAGGCCACUGGGACUUAUCUUUCCCCCGGAGGGAAGAUCCCCAUCAGGUGGACGGCUCCAGAGGCCAUCGCCUACAGGAAGUUCACCACGGCCAGCGAUGUGUGGAGCUACGGUAUUGUCAUGUGGGAGGUGGUUUCAUAUGGAGAGAGACCCUACUGGGACAUGAACAACCAGGAUGUGAUAAAAGCGAUGGAAGAGGGCUACCGCUUGCCUGCUCCCAUGGACUGUCCUGUGGUGCUGCACCAGUUGAUGUUGGAUUGCUGGGAGAGAGAGCGAGCAGAGAGACCCACCUUCAGCCAGAUACUCAACAUGCUGGAUAAACUAAUCCGUAACCCUGGGACUCUGCGCCGCACAGGAGGGGACAGACCCACAGCCACUAUGCUGGAGUCAGGGGUGGGUUCAGAGGUGUGCGUGUCGGUCGUACCGCAGUUGUGUGUGCCGGAGUGGUCGAUGUGUGUGUGGCUGCAGUCCAUCGGGUUGGAGAGGUACAGAGACACUCUGGCAGCAGCAGGAUACACCAGCCUUGACAGCCUCCUGGCUCUCACACACCAGGAGAUGGACAGACUUGGAAUAAUCACACCAUCACACCAGGACAUACUAAUUGCUAGUGUGCAGCAGGAAAUGUUGUCUCAAAUGCAGCACAUGCAACACACAAUGGUUCCUGUCUGAGUCGGAGAACGGAUAUAAAAACCUGUUUUAAGAAGAAUUUUCAUUUACCUCAUCCAUGCACUUUAGAGGGACUUUUCACCAGUGGAAAUACGAGGAGUGGAGUAAAAAAUAAAAGUACGAAGUGAAAAGAGGAUAGAGAAAGAGAGAGAGAGGAAAGCAGCACUUUUGUGAACUUCCAUCCUGUGGAGUUUUCGAAAUAAAAAACACCAUGAUCUGGACGUGGCCACAGAUAGCAUUAAGCUACUGCGAGCUCAAACUGAAGCCACAUCCUCUUAUCCAGUUCUAUUUUUCAUUAUUUUAUUAUCUGUUUUGUAAAGGCUGACAUGUUAGGCUGUGCAUAAGCAGAAUGGCUUCCAACUUUUCUUUCGCUGCUUUGGGCUUGACUUGAAUAAAAUGUGUUUUUGUGUUUGCUCAUACGUAUGCGUGCGUGUGUGUGUGUGUGUGUGUGUGCGCGUGGUGUGAAUGAACGUGCACAACAUGGAAUCUCCCUUGUCAAGACGUCAGCUAUCUUUGAAUAUUCUGAAUAUGCAAAGUUACCCGAGAGAGUGAGAGGAGCCGCACAGAAUGUAUCAUUACGAGCUCUUACCUGUUUCAUACUGGACGAUCAUACUAACAAACUGUAUGAUUUGCUUGUGUUUUUUGUUUUUAAUUGUUCUGUUUUUUAUUUUUAAUUGUAUGAAUUCUGUUGAAUUAGACAUGUAGAGUAGAAUGUCCAUCCAUCUGUGUCAAUUGUAUAUGUUCUCUUGUUUGAUGAAGAAUUAGCUACAUUCAGCAUUUGUUUAUUUAUGGUCUUUUUUAUCUAGUUUGUACAUUGUAAAAUAGAAACACAGAGGAAAUAUUGUAAUGAUUGCCAUAUUGCAUUGCAAUAAAUCCCAAAACCCAUCAAUUCAUGUAGGUUUUAAUCUUGUUUAAACAGAACUUCUGCAAUGUAAUGUAUUUAAUGCACAGUAUAUAUUGUAACGUAGACAGAGUGUCCAAUGAAGCCUGAAGCGCUUUAUGUUUAUCAUUUCUGAGUUUGGCAGAAGAAGAAAGUGUCCUCUGUGAAAGUUGAGACUUAGUCAGAGGUGCCUGUAACAAGGAAAACAGCUCCAGAAGAACAACCAGCUAUAAUGCUGCUAGUGUAAUCACACACAGUGUUGGGUUUAUGUGUGUGUGAAAGAGGAAUAGAGAGAGAAGAGGAAGAAAGAGUUGUAGAGAAAACACUGAGAGGAGAAAGAGAGCUUGAAUUAAAAGGAGAGAAAAUUAAGAGUGGGCU